CCCUUUUGAGCAAUGUUUUGCAUACUAUAGAUAAGCGAUGAGACUUGGGAAGACCACAAUAAGAAAGAUGAAUAAAACCAAACUGUUGCAGUUACUCUCUCGGCUAUGGAACGGACCUAAUGGCGUACUUGCAGGUAAACAGGCCGAGCAAAAAAUGAUAUCUAUCCUGAGAAACAGGUUUCCUCAAGCCCAACUGAUUGAGGUUACCGAUGUGUCAGGAGGAUGCGGUGCUAUGUUUGACAUAAAUGUGGUUGCUCCAGAAUUCAAAGGACUCAAUACUGUGAAGCAGCAUCGAAUUAUUAAUGAGAUACUUAAAGAAGAAAUUAAAGAUAUGCAUGGUCUUCGAAUACGUACGAGUAUUCCACAAUCGUAAAUUUUGCUAUAGAUGACUGUGUUGUUAUAUUAGUUUCAUAAGAACAAUAUUUAAUAUCAAUUUUUAGCUCGAAACUGUACAAAACCUAAAGAUCCACAUUAUGUACAUUUUUAUGUAAAAUGUAAAUUUUAAGAAAGUGCUACAAGAAAAGAAAUAAUAGAGAUCUUUGGAAUGUCUUUUGUUUUUUUUAUUAAAUGUGCGUGAUUUAUUUAUAUCGAAAUUAAGCAAUUUAAUCACGAAAAAUAUUAAAAAGAUAAUUUAAACACAUAAUGAGAAAUAAUAGGAUUCCUACUGUUAUUAUUAUUAAAAAUUUGUAAAAUGCAUUAUUGCAAUAUCUGUUAUGUAGUAUUUUUAUUAUUGAGUGUUACAUAAUUAUUAUUAUAUAUAUCGCCUAUAUAAAAUACAAAGGAAGAUAACUACACAAUUGAGAAAAUGCAUCACAAAUGAGAGCAUUAUAAAUAUGAAAAAAAAAUUGUGUCAAUUACAAAAUAAUCAAGAUAUAAUAUAAUUAAAAUAUAAAA